AAUUCCUCUCACAAAUACACACUCCCACUCUUCCCCAUCUGGCAAGAUCUCUCUCUCUCUCUUUCCCCAUCAGGCAAGAUCUCUCUCUCUCUCUCUCUCUCUCUGUUGUCUCUCUAAAAUGGAACCCCCACCGUUGCUUCUCACUCUACUUCUCCACCUCCUCCUCUCCACCACCGCCGUCUCAGCCACAGCACCACUCCCCCCAACCCCAUCUCCCACCUCCUCCCCCACCCCACCAAACUCCACCACCUCACCAUCCUCACCAUCUUCAAGCACACUCGACCCAAAGCAACUCAGAGCCCUCCAAUCCCUCAACAUUCCCACCUCCAAAGACCCCUGCACAAACCCCUCCAUCCUCCCCCCAAACACCACCCGCUGCGACUCCUCCAAGCCCUUCCGCCACCUCCUUUCCCUCCGCCUCGUCAACUGCUCCGACGCCGUCGCCCUCUCCUUCACCGCCCUCAAAUCCCUCUCCACCCUCCAGUCCCUCCAGUUCCUCAACUGCCCCAUUGCUCCAAUCCGCUUCCCCGCCGACCUCGUCGCUUCCCUCCACUCCUUCACAUGCAUCAACUCCCUCCGCCGCCUCACCGGCGUCUGGCUCGCCCGCCUCCAAAACCUCACCGAUCUCACCGUCUCCAACGUCCAAGUCAAUGCCUCUGGACCCUUCGUCAUCCUCGGAAACUUGAAGAAGCUCAGGUCAGUCACCAUCUCCCAAGCCAAUUUAACCGGCAGCAUUCCGAAGCACAUGAAUUUAAACCUUACCCACAUCGAUUUUUCCGGCAAUAAGCUUCGGGGGAAGAUACCCAGUUCCCUCACACUCCUCGAAAACCUCGAAACCUUAAACCUUUCCUCCAAUUCCAUCAAUGGCGAAAUACCCAAUUCGUUCGGGGACCUGAUUUCGCUAAAGAACGUGUCUUUGUCCUCAAAUUCUUUAUCCGGCGCCAUCCCGGAGUCGAUUUCAGCAAUCCCGGACUUAGUUCAUCUCGAUCUGAGCUCGAAUCAGCUCAACGGAACAAUCCCAAAAUUCCUCUCCGACAUGAAGGGCUUGAAGCACUUAAAUCUCGAAAACAACGAGUUGCACGGGGUCGUGCCGUUCAAUGCGUCGUUCAUUAGCAGACUGCAAGUGUUCAAGAUUAGCGGGAACAGCAACCUCUGCUACAACCACUCUGUUCUGUCGUCGAAACUAAAGCUGGGGAUUUCUCCCUGCGACAAACAUGGACUGCCCAUGUCGCCGCCGCAGGCGAAAGGCGAUGAUUCGUCAGCGGAUGGCAGCACUAAUUCGGACUAUGACGACAGUGAUGAGGAUGAUCAAAAGCAGGAUCGACAACAUGGGCCAAAUAAGGUUGUUCUUGGUGUGGCCAUUGCGCUUUCUUCUCUUGUCUUCCUCGUUAUUUUCUUGGUUCUUCUCUCGAAAUGCUGUCGUUGAAAGUUGAUCAAGCUUGAAACUGCAUUGUUUUGUUGAUUUAAUUUUUGGGAAAUAUUUUCCGCAUACAUGGUUUCUCUUUCUGCGAGACUCCUUUGUUUCUCUCUGGAUUUUCAUUUGAUUUAGUCAAUCCAACGAUCGGCUAAUAUAUUUUGUAUGUAAUUUUCCUUCCUUCAGCCACAAGCAUUUACUACUUUUUUUU